CCCGCCAUACCUCAUUUCACCGAGGCAGUCGUUGGGAAACGCGAAAAUUUUGUGUCUCGCGAUCAGUUACUUCGACCUGUUAAAAAAUUAAAAGAAGAUGAAGUGUAUUAUUAGUAUUAUCCUCCUACUGUUAGGAUCGACACGGGCAGGCCCACCUUAUCGCUUAUGUGCACCUGAAGAGAUCACAGAUUCGUGGUGCAGUGCAUUAUCCAUUAGUCAUAGCAAUGUUGUCUGCGAAAGGGUUAAAGACCGAACUGAAUGUGCUGUUAAAAUUGUCAAGGGACGCGCAGAUUUUGGGGUUUUUAAUGCUGAAGAACUUCUACUGGCGUAUCAAUUCUAUCCAGAGGAAAUCAAGCCGAUUGCGCAAUUGAGGCACAAGGAUAGGACAGACCGAGAAUUCGACUUUCAAAGUGUCGUAGUUGUACCCGAAUCAUUUAACUCGAAUGAAGGUCUUUCGGGGCUAAAAAAUGGUGGAUUGUGUCACCCCGGAUUUUCCAAUUCACUAUGGAAUGACUAUGUCUUGAAAGCAUUCGAGAGGAAAGUAUGGAAUCAUCAAUGCCAUGCUGACUUAUCCACCGCGGAGAACGAAGCCAUUAACCUGAGGAAUUUUUUCGGAAAAGCUUGUCGACCUGGAAAAUGGGUUCAGGAUGCAAUUGAAAAUAGAAGACUGAAGGAGAAAUAUCCAGAGCUUUGCGAACUCUGCGAUAAUAGUCGCGAUUGUGAUUAUUAUAACACUGAACAUCAUGGACAUAUUGGAGCUCUCGAAUGUUUAACAUCUGGGAAAGGAAAAGCUGCAUACGCUGCCUAUGAUUACGUUUAUCAAUACUUUGGGGUGAAUCGGACCGGUCCGGAGCCGAGAGUCACCAGACCGGGAUUCCAAUUUCUUUGCCCGAAUGGAUCACUAAAACCUUUGACAGUAUCAGAGCCUUGUACAUGGGUUGCCCAGCCAUGGAGUGCAGUUGUUGCCAGGAAGGAUUUGACUCCCGCACUUGUCUCCUCAUUGAAAAAAUGGCUGAGCCCUGAUGAAAGUUUUGGAAGUUGGACACAGGCUCUGAAGCUGAUCCUUGAAAACGAAGGGCAAAUCAGUAAUUUUACCGAGGAUCAGGCACUUGGAUCUUACUUAACCACUGGGCGAGAGAUCAAUUUGUCCGGUAAAACUUGUGGAAGCACAAUUCGUUGGUGUACAAUUUCUUCAGAAGAAACCGGCAAGUGCCGAUGGAUAGCAAAAGAGGCCCUUUUGCUCGGUAUCGAACCCAAAUUUACUUGCGUCGAGACGAAUUCCACAUUCGAAUGUCUCCGGGCGAUAAACGAGAAUAUCGCUGAUAUCAUCACCAUCGAUUCAAACUACGGACAUUUAGCCAGAAAGAUUUUCAACCUGACGACGAUAUUGUACGCUGAACCAUCUAAAACUAUGAACAGCGCGAUAAUAGCAGUGGUGAAGAAUUCCACAUUAUCGCAAUUUACUAAUUUAAAAAGUUUGCAGGGAAAAACCGCUUGCUUUCCAGAAUACGGUGGAAUUGCUUGGCUAUCGCUGAUUAAUAUUGCUCGUAACAAUAAAAUUAUAUCAGACACAUGUGAUUACCCAAAAGCAAUGGCGAAUUUAUUCACCGGGGCGUGCACUCCUGGAAUCAAUGAUAUCAAUCAUUCAGAUGUGGCCGCCAAUGUGGAAAUAGUUCAGCAGCUUUGCUCUUCAUGUCCCCUGGAGAAGAACAAUUCAACGUGUUCUGCAAAUUCGGAGAAUUUAUUCUAUGGAGAUGAGGGAGUUUUGAAGUGUCUUCGAGGCCCGGGGGACAUUGGGUUCGUCGAGAUAAAAAAUAUUGGCGGAGAGUUGCGAGCGGGACUCAUCAAUCAGAAUGACUACAGAGUAUUCUGUAAAAAUGGGAGUCUCGCUGUUAACCCUGGCUUUGAUACUGAUGAAAAUUGUGCCCUGUCUGUUACGAUUGAUAGCGAGGUUGUGGGGAGAUCCAGCAAUCGAGAGGUUGAAAACAUGGAUACAACUAUCGCUCUCUUAAAACUUGAAGCCUGGUUGGGAUACACAUCACUUGCCAGGCGAACGAUUAGAAUCUAUGAUUCAUUCAUAGGUCAUCGUGAUAUGCUUUUUAAAGAAACAACUGUCGGAUUGAGGCCUAAAAACUCAAAUAUUCAAACAAUCAUUGAUUACAAGAAGUUGUUUGAAAAUAUUGAGGAUUGCCAAAAUUCUGCAGUUGAACUCAUCAGUAAUAAUCUGAUUCUCUUGGGAAGUUUAAUCACUGCUAUCAUUACGCUCAAUCAAUAAUUACGUUUUGUUAUUUGCAAAAUAUUCAGAGAUUUUUUUAUUGAUGUAGGAUACAAGGUUACAUGAAAAAUAAUGAGUACAAUAAAUUUACUGUUCUUAA